AUGAGUUGUCCGCUCUUACGUAGUACUUUGCCUAGUCUGUACACAUUUACGAAAAGGCUGGAAGAGCAUCCGAGCCUUGUAGGUGUUUGCACGUUUGUGCCAACAAAUUUCUCGAAGGACCACCUUCCUUCAUGCACGAAGGAUAGGACAAACUAUUGGAUUCGUUUUGGUUUCAAAACUAUAUGUUUUAAUAUGUUUUACAAAAACUACUAUGGUUGUCUUGACGGGGGUAAAAAUGCAGUGACUGGUGGAAGGAGUAUGAUGUUGGAGAAGGGUUUUGAAGGGGAAGCUAUAGUAAGUUCCUGGUGGCCAAAAUAGUUUCUGUUGGGUUUUUCCAUUCCCGAAGAACACUACCUACUAGAAGUUAGCCCCCCACUUGUAAAAUAAUUAAAAUUUGACAAUUGUGCUGACUUGUGCUAGGUUUAUGCUACAUUGUGCUCGAAUAUUAAAAUCGUAAUAUGAAAAAUACGAUGGAAAAAUGAAAAAAAACCAUUUUUUAGGUCAGCCCCCCACUUUCCAUGUAUUUCAAUUUUUCCA